AUGGAGCUUGUUGAGGCUCAAAAUCCAGCUUUAGAGACGGCAACAGAAGAUGAUGGAUACGAGAAUAUUUUAAGAUUCUGGAAUCGGCAAACCGAGAUUGAAAGUACAACAACAGAAAUUGUGAUAAAUCAAGAAUUCAGAGAAAAUACUACACCACAAGAAGAAAAGAAGAAGGGAAGGAAACGUAAACGAAAUGAACAAAGCUGGAAACAGAACAAAGCUAAAAGUCUAAGAAAUGCUGGAAAACAAUAUAUUAGUAAGAAAAAUAAAACAAGCAAAUCUCGUUCUGUUCAAUCACCCUGUAGUGAUAAAUGUUCUGAAAAAAUAACCGCAGAACAAAGACAAACAAUUUUUGAUGCAUAUUGGAAUCUUGGUCAAGUUGAUGCUCAAAGAUCGUUUAUUAUUUCUUGUAUGACCGAUAUAACCCCAAGAUAUAAAUAUACAAACGCUCGUAAUCCAAGAAAUUGCAAUCAAGCAUUCCAUAACUUAUUUGAAGGACAAUCGGUACGUGUUUGUAAAACUUUUUUUAUUAAAACAUUAGAUAUUUCUGAUCGUGUUAUACGCACAGUCAAAGACAAAAUAGAUAAACAUGGAUUUCUAUCACGAGAUCGGAGAGGACAACACAUCAACCAUAUAAGGAUUGAUGAACAGCUAAUAAAGGAUAUAAAAGAAUUCAUAGACGCUAUACCACGAAUCGAAUCCCAUUAUAUCAGAGAAUAUUCUACUCGUGAGUACAUUGACGGCGGGAAAACAAUUUCAGAUGUUUUCCGGGACUUUGAAGAAGCUCAAAAUAAAAAUAAAAAAGCGGCUGGUAGAUAUUGUACAUUUUACAAAAAAUUUACACAAGAUUAUAAUAUAUUAUUUUUCCGACCUAGAAAAGACCAAUGUGAUCUAUGUUUGCAAUACAAGAACUCGACACCUGAACAAAAGUUAUUACUCCAAGAAUCGUACGAUACCCAUUUAUAAGAAAAAACAUUGUGCCGCCAAGAAAAAUAUGAUGACCGUUCAAAAAUAGACGAAAUAAAUAAGGUUCUU